AGUAGACGUUGACAGAAAGCAGCUAGAGACGGCAAGCUUUAGACAAGAAAAAAAUUUCGAGCUAAAAACUUUUAAAUUGAAUUUGUCUUUCCUGCUUGAAACUGAUACAAUUUUCAACACAUAGUUAUUCCUAUUCACCCUGAGUAAUGCCUGGGUUGAACCAUCUUGGACGAGAGUUGCCAACAAUCCAAGAAGAGAGUACCUUCAUACAGCCACAGGUGCCGCAGCCUCAGUUUGACUAUAACAUUUUCCCUAGCAACCCGUACCAGCAACAGGGUCAGGUGAUUAACCCAGCCUUUAAUGCUAACUAUGGCAACAAUAUUGAACUCCUGAAGAAGAUAAAUCAGAUGCUUGAUAAUUCUCUGGACCUGAACAACUUGACAGGACUUGCUCUACCAACAGAACAACAGCUUAAAGAUCUAGGAGUCAUGCCUGCCCAGGCUGCUAUGCCAAUGUCCGCAGCUGAGAUGAUGUUCCAGAAUGGACUGCAACAAGGGGGGAUAGACAAUUACUGUAACAGCUACGCAACACCUGGCUCUUCCAAUAACUUUUCUAACCCAACCAACUUCAACACGACUCUUUAUAACACAGGUGCUGUGCAACCAGCUUUUUCAACAUUGAAUCCUGGGGCUGUGAACUUCACAUCACAACAGAAUAUGCCCCACAUGAACCCACCCCCUUUACCUCCCCUGCCUUCAGUCCAAAAACAACAGAACUUUAUUCCUGGAGCAAUAUCUAAUAGGGCCUUGGAGGAACUGUCCGCGGAUUCCCCACAGAAAUCUGGAUACAGAGCCAUACAAAAAGCUGAACAGAAAAUUAGUGAAUUUGGAGGGCUCACAUCAACUUAUGGUGUCUAUGACCACACAACGUACGAUAGAUCUCAGCUUGGCGAUAAGCAGCUCAAUGAUUACAGUAGCUCCCUCUAUACACAUAAUGCAGGCAAUUGUAAUACAGGUCGUUACAUCACUCGCAGUCCCUCCCCACUUAGUGAUUCUGAUACAAGUGCUAUUAGUAUGGCCAGUGCAAGUACUGCCAGUGGGGGGAUGCCCCAUACAGAGAAUGGGCCUGACUCAACUUUACAGCUAACUGAUUUAAUGAACUGCCUCAAUAUCAACCCAAACAUGCUGUACCAACCAACAACAAUAUCCCCACUACCCUCCCCAGCUAUGCCUCACAACCAACCAUCUGCCCCACUACCCCAAGCCAACCAACAGUGCAACACCACAAUGCAACAUCACAACCAACAACCUCAACCAACCCAGAAUGACCUGGUACGUGCUGUACAGAUGCAGAGUGAGAUACUACGCAGGUCUCAUAUGGUACGUGAGGAAGCUGCCCAGGCUAAUGACAACACUGACAAUAAAGCGAGUGGCAUUAAUUCCCUGUUCUGUACAAAUUCCCAGGAUCCCUAUUCCAUCGAACGAGCAGCCAAGCUUUAUAGGAAUGCUGCAGCUGUGUAUGAAGCUACUUGUACAUGGAGUGGCCAGUUACCCCCUAAGGCCUACAAGAACCCCACAUACUCAUGUAAAGUUUUCUUAGGGGGCGUUCCCUGGGACAUCACUGAGACUGCACUGAGCAAUAUCUUCAAAGUGUUUGGACCAAUGAGGAUUGAGUGGCCAGAGAAGGACCAUAAACAUCCCAGGAACCCUCCUAAAGGUUACGUGUACAUUCUAUUUGACUCUGAGAAGUCUGUGAAAGCUUUGCUCCAGGGCUGUACACAUGACUUCAGUAAUGGUGGGGAGUACUACUUCAAGAUCUCAAGUAGACGCAUGAGAUGCAAGGAGGUUCAAGUGAUACCCUGGGUAUUGACAGACAGUAACUUUGUGCGCCAGCCCUCCCAGAGACUUGACCCGAACAAGACUGUGUUUGUUGGAGCCUUACAUGGAAUGAUGAAUGCAGAGGGUUUGGCCCAUUGUAUGAACGAUCUAUUUGGCAAUGUCGUCUAUGCAGGGAUUGACACAGACAAGCAUAAGUAUCCAAUUGGUUCAGGACGCGUAACAUUCAGCACACAUAAAAGCUUCAUGAAAGCUGUCACAUCUGCCUUCAUAGAGAUAAAGUCGCCAAAGUUCACCAAAAAGGUUCAGAUUGAUCCUUACCUGGAAGAUUCCCUCUGCAACACAUGCAACAUGACGCAGGGCCCAUUCUUCUGCCGAGAUUCCAACUGUUUCCGCUACUUCUGCCGAUCAUGUUGGCAGUGGCAACACUCGCUAGACUCGCUACGUCAUCACAAGCCUCUAAUGCGAAACAGCAAGACGAACCCAAACCCUACCUCAACUGUUGGGCUUCUAUAAUUACAAGACAAGAGACUCUUCUAAUGGGACUCUGUAACUAUGGGACAUAUUUAUCUAUGGGAUUUCAGUUACUAUAGCUACUAUAGGUCCGUUGAGAAAAUGUGAGUUGUUAUCGAGGCAAGUUCUGUCUUGACAUAUAAAUAUGAUUUCUGAUUUCAAGUGGAAAGAUGGUUAUGUUACUUUGCUAGCUGUCUCAAAAUAUUCUUGAUUUUAAAAAGUUGUAUGUAAAAUGUUAGAAAUGCAGGGAAAUUAUUUAAAAUGGCUUUAUUUGUCUGAUUUCUAUGUCAUGUAGACAUCAGUUGGUGUUUUCUAUUCUACAGUUAUCAAGUAAUAUGAGUUUUGAGAAUUAACUCAAAAUUUUGUGAAAAGAAUAUGAUCUGUGACAUAAUGCUUAUUUGUUGACAUGAAAGCUUAUUUGUUGACACCGUUGCUUCUUUAUUGACAUCAAAGCUUAUUUGUUGACACCAUAAAUCAUUUGUUGACAUCAGUAGGUUGUUGACCAUGAAACUUAUGUUUAUUUCAUACUCAUAGAAACCAUUAUAAGAAAGCUAAAAGUAUUCAUAAACCAAAUAUUAAAAAAAGAAACAAAAAAAUGUAUUUUUAGUUGUGAAUAGCGCCACAAAUUGUCGGACGCUUAUAUUAUUUACGCAACAGAGCCCUGCUGGUUUAUGACUUAAUAGCAGACAAAAUCUGUCUCUAAAGUAUAUUUUAAUAAAAAAAAUUCAGUGUACUGUAUUUAAUAUGAAUCUAAACUGAUGGGGUGCUCAAAAUAUAGGCACUCUUGCUCAACUUUAAAAUCUGAACAUACACAUGCAUGGGUGUGUAUAUUUUGAACACCCUGUAGGUGAAAUUGUUGAUUAUGAGUGAUUUAUAGUUUAUAUGCUACAUUAAAAUGUAGGCGAUUUUAAACAUGUAUAUUUCCAUAUGUGGAAAGUUUAGUUAACAUAUUUCUAACCCAGUUUUAACUAAUAUUCUUGUACACUGUGUGCUUAAAGUUAAUUAAUUCAAUUAAAUCCACGUCAGUGUUAAAUAUAUGAUCCGUCUCUGAAAUAUAACAUUUUCAUAAGACACUGGGUUUUUAAAAAUAUUUUCAAAUUGACAUUUUUACAAAGAUCAAAUCUCAAAUUGAAUGAAAAUCCUGAUCUUCAAUCAUGUUUUAUAAGGAAAAUAAUUUUUAUAUGGGAAUAAGGUUGAAGCUAUGUAAUACAUAAAUGACUUACUGAGGCACCCCCCCCCCCCUUCCUUUCAUCCAUAUGUGUUUUGAAGGGGGUAGGGAGGGUACAUGUCACUUCAGAAAUUGCUUCAAAAUGAUCUAUACAAGGUUCUGGUAUAAUCUGGUUAAGUAAAAUGGAUUGUAUGGAAAUCUAUGCAAAUUCAUCGCUUAUUCUAACUUUUAAAAACCUGAAUAAUUUUUUAAGUAUAUUAUGGUACGUAACCUUUGUUUAUACAUGUACAUUAAUGGAAGAGAUGGCAGAUUGGUACUCUUUUAGUUAUUUCUAAAAAACAUUUGUUUCAUUUUGGUCUCACCAUUUUAAAUCGGACUUGAAAUAGUGCUACUUUUAUCCUCUGAUUUUUAUUCUGUAUUUGUGAGGCACCCAUUGAGAAAUACACACAAAGUUGAACUACAACUACCCCCAUUGGGAGCCCCAUAGAGAUCAAGUCUCCUUGGUUGAUGCUAUAGUUUGGGGCAAUGAGUACAAGGGUACUUUUAUUUUACAGCAUGAUAAACUGAACAUCAUUUUAAUAGAGAAAAGUAGAAAAGAAUAAUUUGAGCUUGAAGAUGAAAAAGACAAAACAACAAAAAGACAAAACAACAAUAGCGCUAUCUAACAUGUUUUCUCAGAAUUAUCGACACUUCAAAAAUCAUGUCAAAGAUUUUUUAUCAUCGUUUCGUACCUCUAAUCUUCUCGCUCAUCAUUUCUUACUGUGGUUUGGUUUUAUACUCUGUGGCAUGAAUCAAGUUUUACUCUCAAGUUAACGAUUAUUUUAGACCUCCAUGUUUCCCCAAUAGGUGUCACUGUGCUAUCUCUUCUCAAGGUCAUUUUUUAUUUGUUGAUCAUUUACGUUAAUUCCUUUUUAACACCAAGUAUAUUAUAACCUGUGGAUAUUUAUACCUGAUUUUGUAUUAUUAUAUUUAUCUAAUCUGUAACAGGUUACGCUAACUAAUGGUUUUGUACUAGUGUGGUUUUAACCCUGGAACUCUAUUUAUAAACGACAUUCCAAAUGAUUUUGAUAUUGUACAAUUAUUUGACAUUCUACAAUUAUUUGAUUGACAAUUAUAUGACACAUCUUGAAAAGAACAGUGUUCAUUUAUCAUCAUUUAUAUUUAACAGUGCUGUUCACAACAAUGGGCAGAUUAAAUUUGAUGUAAUGAAAAAAAUUUAAAUGUAUGUAUUGUAUUAUUGCGGAUGAGUACAUUGAAUAUGUACAUGCAGUUCAGAAACACUAUUUGAGAAUGGUACAUUCAUCUAAGAGUUUUGUACAGUAACCCCAGUCUUAGUGAAUGCUGCUGCUGUCAUUUCAAAAACUUUUUGUAGAAAUAAUAAUGUAAUGUUAUCUUAUAAUGUAUGGUGGUUAUUCAGGGUUUCCAUAAUAACUUGUUACCAUUUUGAGAAGGCUGCUUGUUAUUAUCAGAAAAACUCAUAUUGUUGAAAGAAACUGUUCACUGUGUUAAUAAGGUACUUGUAGCAGCUGAUUUCAAAGAAGAACAGCUGAUUUCAAAGAAGAACAGCUGAUUUCAAGGAGAAACAGCUGCUUCUAUAAAGUAUAAAAAGCUGAUUUUGAGGGAGAACAGCUACCUCCAUUUAGGCAGAUGCUUCAACCAUCCAAAACUGCACCUGAUGACCUUUGACAACAACUAUGCACGUCCAUGGACUAUGAUUAACGGAAAAAUUCUGUAUUUAAGUUUUCAUGCAAUUUAACAUGCCAACGAAGUAAUUCAUAAUUUAUGCAUUUCUAACAAAAUGUAAAAAUGUUAUUUUUGUUAAAACUAUAUUCCAUUUUUGUAGUGUUGUAAAUGUAUCAUUGAAACUUGCCUAAAUAUAGCACUAAAAGAUUCUGUGAUCUGAAUCUUUCAGUUUGAUACUUAGGGUUUGAGAAAUGUGUUUUAACUGCUGGGUCUGCAAUUAAUGGAGAGCCUGGGCUGAUUACGUAAGGUCUAAAUGAAUAGACAACUUUGAGCAAGGAGUGCAACUUCUAGAUCUAGUACACAUUUACCCUUAACAAACUUUUGGCAGGUCACAUUAUACAGAACGUAUAGCUCAGACAAAUUUCAAAGCUCCAGUGAAUAUGUCUGUGAGUGUG